GUGGAACCUCCUCGCUUCUCCAUAUCCAGGCCUAGUGAUAAGUGUCGUACCAUUUGACAGGUUCUACGGCAAAGACAGGUGGCCCGUCCCGCGGUCGAGAAAUAUUUCCGGCCUUUCAGUUUCAACGAGGACCCACUUUCCCUCAAUCUCCGUAGAAAAAGACGUCCGCCUGUCCGAUCCGGAAAUGAGUUUUCCUUGCCGCCCGCCGCCCCGGUGAGCGACACGACGUCCGAACCUAUUCCGCCGUUUCGACCCCUUGAAAAAUGUACAAACGGAAUUGUUUCUAAUCCUCAUUUAAAUGUUUAUAUUGGAUAAAUCGGGGAGUCUGUCGAAAAUGGGAAAUUCCCAACAAGGUUUCAGCGAUUUGGACGCGUACAUAACACAGAUAAAUCUGGAGAACAGCAGCAAGCGGAUGUACGCUUUCAAGCCGUUCGUCUUCAAAAAGUGCCAGACGGUGAAGAGCGAGUCGAAGCCGAAGCCGAGGAGCGGCCACCGGAUCGUCUGCAACGACGGCGAUUUGUAUUGCUACGGCGGCUACAAUCCGAACAUCCGCUCGACCGGCUUCGACCUCGACAUGGACGACGGCUGGCUCCUGAGCAAACCCCUUUUCAGGGAGAUGUGGAGGUUCAACUUCGCGACGAGGGAGUGGAUCAAGCUGAAAGUGAGGAACAUGCCUUUCGUCCUCGCCUCGAACGCAGUCCUCCUCGAAGGCAAACUGCUCAUGGUUUACGGCGGGACGGGGAUGCCUUUUGGAGGCCACAGCAGCAACACUCUAUACACGUGCAAUCUUUCCGAGGGAACGCUCACAUUCAGGAAGGUCAAAGUGUCGGGCCAGGUUCCAGAGCCUCGUUACGGACAGGCUGUCUUCCGCACAGACAACUAUCUCUACGUUAUUGGUGGGACGACCGGCUACCAAUAUUCUGCCGAUGUCCACCGACUCAAUCUGCUCAGCAACGUCUGGGACGGCAUCUCGGUCAGCAAGGGUCUGCCUAACGAGCCCCUCGGCAGAUACAGGCACGAGCUUUGCCUCUUGGGCACCAAAGUCUACGUCCUAGGAGGUGGAACAUCCCUCGAGUCUUUUGGAUUUGAGGAGCUUCCUGUGUAUGACUAUCAAAAGAACGAGUGGUGUUCAGUUGCUACACACGGAGACAAAGAUUCUAUCGAGCCAUAUCCUAAACCACGCCGUUUCCACAGUGCUGACAGGAUACCUGAUUCGUAUUCGCUUAUAAUAGUUGGUGGUUUUAGUGGAAGUGAAAUAUUAGAUGAUUGCUGGCUCCUGGAUCUUCAGGGAUUAACAUGGAAAAAAUUGUCAUCGUUGAAGUUGCAGUUUCCAACGUAUUUCCACGCCAGUUGCAUUACACCGAGCGGUAAACUGUAUACAUUUGGUGGGAUAUGUGAAGUUGGCCGUAGGACGCAUAGAACAUCGAAUAUUGUUUCGGCUUGGGUUUGUAUUCCUAAAUUAAAAGAAAUGUGCUGGGAAGCUGUAUUAUACUACGGUCUAUUCAAGAAUUCCCAAGAAAUGGAUUUAAAAAUGGAAUUACCUCUAGAAUUUCAGAAUAGGUUUCAUUAGUUCUCUCUGGAAAAAAAAAAGUCUGCGGUGGAAAUCAUUUGGUAAUAUUCAAGCUGGGUAUUUUGUUACAAAAAAAAAAAAUUGAAAAAUACAUUUGUCAAAUAUCAUUAAUGAGAAUGGAGUUGACAGGGUUUUCCGAAAUAUAAGAUAAAAAUAUAAUGGCCUUAUAUUAUUGAUAAGAUUUCAAAAUCGUCCAUGUAGGUUUUGAAAUCUGUGAAUUGUUGACAGAAUUGAAGAAUAGUGAAGAAAAUUAAACAUGGAGAUGUUUUAAUUUAAACUGAUUUCAAGAAGCCUUUUUUUUUUAAUAAGAAUGUUUCCGUAUUAAUGUUUGGUUUCGUGCAAGAUACGAAAGUCAUCUUGUGUAUUUUUCAGUGAUAAGGCUAAUUAAGGCAAUAUUUACUGAGCAUUCAGUGCAUGUACUUAAUGCUCCUCGUACCACAAGAGACAAGUUUGAAAUAAUUACCUUUUCCAAUACUCUCAAUCUUGACUCAAUUGACUUUAAACUCGACUAAAGAAAAAACUUCUCCAAUCAUUAAUUUUACAUUAUUUACGCAAAACUAGUUAAAUUUACGUUUCACCCACUCGUAUCCUUAUUAGUUUAUUAAAGUUCAAACUGAAGUCAAAGAAGCGAGUUCAUUGGAUCCGGUCCUCUUUGGUUGUCUCACAGGGUGCUGUUGUUUUUGUAGUCCACUCACUUUGAUAUUUGGAUGUUCUUGGAGACAAGAUUUAUGCUUUUUAUUCCAGUAUCCUCAGGUCCCGGUGAAUAUCUUUAUUUUGUGCAUACCAAGGGUCAUCAACUAUGUUACUCUUUUUGGCGCAGCCCCCAGAAUGGUAUGACAGAUCAAUACCAGUUUAGGCCUCUUUCAGACAAGGGGUUUGGUUGAUUCAACUAAGUUGCCCGGUUGACUCUCAACUAGUUUACUGCCAUGUGAAGACUCUUUGCUGGUUUCACAUCAGGCAAUUUGUGGAAUCAACCUCUCUUCCCAACAGGAGGUCAGUACGAUGUUAGAACGCAAGGAAGCAGGAGCACUUUCUUGUGCUUACUCUUCUGCAAAAAGAGAAGCAAAAAAUGAUAAAACCCAGUAAAGAAAAGUGUGGGUUUAUCCCUUGUUAUAAAAUUGGGAGUCGUUUGUGUUGAGUCAACGAGUGGGGAUGAGAACAUGAACAUUUGCUGGUCAUCUGCCUGGACGGACAAGUUGACUGCGUGUGAAGGGGUUAGGGCAGUUCCCAUCAUGUCCUACCUGGGCUACACUCCUUGACUCCCGUAUGUUCAACUAGUUGAAUCAACUAGCUUGAAAGACCUUGAGGAUGGGGACAAAGGAAAAAUUGAAGUUCCUUUCCAAAAGCCAACUCAGUUGGUUAUAUUUUAAAACCCCCAUUUUUUGUUUUUAUUUAUUUAUUUAUUUAAUUAUUUAUAAUUUUUUAUGUAUAUUCUCCAUUUCACCAUAAAAUCUAGUGUCAUUCCUAGAUAUUUCGCUGUGUUUUGUGUCAAUACUUUCCUUUUAUAUUGAUACUGUCUGCGAAUUAUUUUCUGCCUGUAGAAUUAACGUGUAAUUUUACAAUUUAUGCUCGUUUUAUUUUAAUUUUCCCAAUCUUUCGUUCUCCUGUCAAUCAGGCUUAUAUUUUGCAGUUUUCUUGUCAAUUCUUCACUGACAUAUUCUGUGAAAGGUGACAGGUUAUCGGUAUAAAACAGUAUUGGUCCUGGGACGCUUCCCUGCGGAACACAAGCCUUUAUUUCUAAAAGUCGGGAGUAUUUGUCCUUCUGUAGGAGAGAAGUGGUUUGUACUGAAUUAGGAAGGAUUUUUAUUUUUAUUCUUUAUGUAGUAAUCCUUUAUGUAUUUGUGCCAGACUUUAACAAAGGUUUGAGAUAUGUCUAGAAACACAGUGGAUCCAAUGUUGCCAAUGCAGCAUUACAUCUAUCGUGGUAUCACAUACGACUGCGCACAUUUAUUAACAAAUUGAUCAACGUCUUUUUCUUGACUUGAUUUGAAUUCAAAUCGUCAAAUCUAAAACAUCUAUGGAGAAGAAGAAACUUCCUGUACGGAUGCACUGACGAAGUGUAUUUCUUGAAUUUUUCCUAUGACAGUGAACUUCUCCUUGGAUUACAAAUUCAUGUAAAUAAAUUAUGUAAGAAAAAUUAAGCAGUACAGAAAAAUAUUUAAAAUUAAUAUAAAAACUUACAUGAUAAGUUACGUGUGGUAAUUUAGUACCCCAAGGAUGUUUUUCAUCUUCAAGUGAUGUUUACACACUAAUAGUCUAAAGAUGGCGACUGUCACUCAGGAGGCUGGGAGUUCAAAACCACCCCAGGACGAUCACUCGAUCUUUUGAGGAAUAGUUUCUAUAAGAGUUUUGAAAUCACUGGAAAUAGAGAACUUUAUUCAAUGGUUUACCAGGCUUAACUAUUAUUUAUCAGCCAUCAAUAUUCCAGGAAAAUAUACGAAUAAACUUUCCAAAAUUUUAGUACCCCAAGGAUGUUUUUCAUCUUCAAAGGAUGAUUACACACUAAUAGUCUGAAGAUGGCCACUCAGGCCAUCCCUUUAGUUUAUUUUUUGGAUGGAACGAGGCUAGGGGUCCAAAACCACCCCGGGACGACCGCUCAAUCUUUUGAGUAACAGUUUCUAUUAGUUUUAAAAUCACUGGAAAUAGAAAACUUUAUUCAAUGGUUUACCAGGCUUAACUAUUAUUUAUCGGCCAUCAAGAUUCCAGGAAAAUAUACGAAUAAACUUUCCAAGAUUUCUCCUGUUACGAAAUUAAAUCCUGUGACCUUCCUUGAGUUUGUUUGAUUAGUCAUGGCCCAUUUCUUUUUCAGUAAUAAAUCUAAUUACUUCUACUGUUUCCAUUACAUAAAGCAUCAGACAAGGUUCCAUUCAUUUUGGAUAUAUUGCUCUAGGUAUUUUUCAAAAGCAAGCUUUUUCAUUGUCUCGUGCACAUUCACUGUUCUUUGAAACCACCCAGCUACAGAUUAAAGAUAAAACUCAAGAACACACGAGCUUCACAGGUUAAAAUGACUAGGUGCCAUUUUUAAUAAAAUUACAUAAUUGUAGACAAUUAAACGUUAAAUCUCAAAGUCUAAUAAUAAUCAUGAUUCCUAUUUUCAUUGAUUUUUUGUUAAUUCUUUGUUGUUAACACAACUAUCAAUAUUUAAAAAUAAGCCAAAUAAUUAUAAUUUUGAAGUGAGUACACUCGAUUGAACAUUGAAUGAUUCCUAUAUCACAAAAUGUUCUAAGGCUUGUGUCUGCUUUGUGUGCAUAAUUGCGUUCAGCUUGAAAACUUGCGCACUUUUGCUUUCCCCCGCCCAUGGAUUGUUUUAAUUUUGAAUUUGACAAAAAUCUCGUUUCUGCAUAAUUUAUCAAGCCUGGACAUAUAAAUAUAGAGAAAUAUUUUAGUAUAUUUUUUCUAAAUAAUUUUGUUUCCUGAGAGGUUGAGGUAAUAUUGUAUUUUGGCUUUCUUCUUGUAGUUCGCUUAUAAUUUUGUAUUUUUCUUCAUUCUUUGCAAUAAUUACUUCCUCUUAGUCAUAUUUUUAAUUUGGCCUCAUCACAAUUUAAAAGGCAGAAAAUAGUUGUAGUAGGAGGCUAAGUACAUGAUUCAUCUUCAGAUGGUGAGUUAAUUUUUCUUAUUGAAAUUUCAUACUUCCGCUCUAGCCUUCCUUCAGCAAUAUUUUGUCUAGCAAGUCUUUUUUUUUUUUUUUUUUUUUUUUUUUUUUUUUUUUGUAUAUACAUUGUACAAACAUCUAAAGUACUCUAGACUUAACUUGAUUACACAUUAAUGACAUUGAUAUACACAAAAAUGAGACAAUUAAAAGCUCAUCACAUAUAUUUUUUUUCGAGGCUGUGAUCCGACAACUAUCAAAAUGUACCGUAAAAGUUUAUCUGUCAUUACAAAAAAUUUGAAACCAGGUCAGAUUGUUCUUAAUUUAAAAAAAAAAAAUCCAGUGUAAUUUACAUGGCGAUUUAAAAAAUAAUCAGGCUUUCAUUAGUCAAAAGAUAAUGCAACAAAGGGGAAAAAAGCUAAAGGAUUGCCCCUUUAAUACUUUGUGCUGUGAACUAAUAAGAUCAUUUUUUUCCUUGUUAUAUGUAUUACAUUUGUGUCUAGUUGAUGAUGAUUUUAUUUAGUAAAAUAAAAAAAAUUUUGUAAAAUGUCAAACGAAUGAUUCUAAUUCCAGGCACACACUGAAGAUAGGCCAGUUUAAUUUUUUUUUUUUUUUAAAUGUAGUUCCUUGCAUUUAUAUGUAAAUACAAUUGUCUCAACUAUCAAGUUUCAUUAAUACUGACAAUGUGAUAGUACUUACGUUCAUUAUAAUACAUCGCUUGUCAGAAGUUGCAAGUGUCUCGAUACCUUCGAAUUCUUUUGUGUCCUCUUUUUUCACUAUUAAAUAAAUAUCUAUUGUUAAUAUGUAUAUAAUUGUGUUAAUAAAUACUAAAUAUUGUUAAAUGAA